AUGAAUAAGUUAACUUCGUACACGAUUAAAGAGAUUCACAAAGCAUACCGUGAUAAAAUAUUAACACCAACAAGCUUCGUAGAUUCGUGUUUGCAAAAGGUUCGUCAAACUAGUGAACUGAACGCAUUUGUGGCUUUAACCGACGAUGUAGCCGAAACCCAAGGGAUAGAAAGUGAGAAACGCUUCUACAUUGAUAAGAAACAUCGGCCUUUGGAUGGUAUUACUGUAGGCCUUAAGGAUAAUUUUUGUACAAACAAUAUUGCCACUACCUGUGCAUCGAAUAUGUUGAAAAACUUCAUACCCACCUAUGAUGCAACUGUAUAUUCCAAAUUAAAAGACGCUGGUGCCUGUUUGGUAGGUAAAACGAAUCUGGAUGAGUUCGCUAUGGGUUCGGGUACAGUGGAUUCUAUAUUUGGCCCUACUAGGAACCCUUGGGGCUAUAAAGUUGAAAACUGGAGAAUUGCUGGAGGUAGCUCUGGAGGAAGCGCCGUAGCCGUCAGUUCAGGGGCGUGUGUGGCUGCUUUAGGAUCAGACUCUGGCGGAUCAACACGAAAUCCCGCAGCAUUGUGUGGGGUUGUAGGAGUGAAGCCUACAUAUGGUCUAGUAUCAAGGUAUGGUCUCAUACCUUUAGUAAACUCUAUGGAUGUUCCUGGAAUCUUAACUAGAACUGUUGAUGAUGCUGUUUCAAUCUUAAACUGUAUUUCGGGUCCAGAUAUUAUGGAUUCCACAACUAUUAAAAAGGAGUUCAAAGAAGUUGUACUUAGAGAUGAUUUUGACUUGUCAAAGGUAAAAAUUGGUAUUCCUAAAGAGUAUUACUGCGACGGUAUGAGUCCAGAAGUCAUAGACAUGUGGAAAUUUGUAUCAGACAUUCUUGAAAAUGAAAAGGCUGCAGUCAAAACAGUUUCUCUUCCUUAUACAUCAGUGUCUAUUGCUGUAUAUUCAAUAUUAAAUCAAUGUGAAGUAGCAAGCAAUAUGGCAAGGUAUGAUGGAUUAGAAUAUGGACUGCGUGCGGAUGAAGAUUAUUCUACAGAAGAGUUAUAUGCAUCAACACGAUCCCAAGGCUUCAACAAUGUUGUACGAUCAAGAAUAUUUGCAGGCAACUACUUUUUAUUAACUAGAAAUUACGAAAAAUACUUCAUCAAAGCAUUAAAGCUACGAAGAUUGAUUUCUAAUGACUUUAAAAAUGUUUUUAAUGGGGAUAAUAAAGUUGAUGUACUUCUGACACCGACUACACUGACUGAUGCACCAACAAUUGAAGAAUUUUCAUCAAAAAAUAACAGAGACCAGUGUGCUUUUCAAGAUUAUUGUACUCAACCGGCAAACAUGGCAGGGAUACCCGCUGUUUCAAUUCCAAUACGCCUUUCAAAGAAUAAACUACCACUGUCAUUACAAUUAAUGGGCCCUAAUCUCUCUGAAGAACUUUUGUUGAAUGUUGCUAGAAGGAUUGAAAGUAUUGUAAAGUUUCCUUGCAUAGAUUCUGUUAACAUUAAUACUAGUAAUGUCUAAUUUUUUGUAAAACUACUGAGAACUUGAGA